CCCCGCUCUCCUCUCUUCCCUCCUCUUUAUCCCCUCUUCCCUCCCUUCUUCAUCUCUCCUCCCCAGCCCGGGCUCGGGAGGACCCGGGUCCUCCCGGGAUCUGCGCAUCCAGCGGGGAGGACACCCAUCCCGAAGCCUGAGCUGGAGGAGGCAUGGGAGUGGUGCAUGAAGCAAAGUGAACAAGAAUAUCUGAGUCAUUACAUCAGGCACCUGUAUUAGGAAAUUGGACUGUAAUAAUUCACCAUGGCUUAUGGCUUGCAAAGAAAGAAUGGAGUAGAAAAGCUUUUGCGCUGCAAUUGUUAUAAAGUACAGGAACCCUGGGAACUUGCACUACUCACAAAGACGUGGUACACGAAACUAGCCAACAUCAAGUUGCCUUUCUUGGAAGAAAUUGCAUUUGGUAGCUGUGUACACCUCAAAAAAUGUAAAACCAUUAAGGAUGGUCUGCUCCCUUCAGCAGAAUCCAUCCGAUGUGAAAGGGAGUAUGAAAUGAAGCGCUUGAAUAACCUGAAAUGUCAGGAAAAUGAAGUCAAGAAAAUUCAGUUUUCCCUAAGGGAAAGGCCAAUUGGUUUGAGAAGACCUCUUCCACCUAAGUGACUGUCAUCU